AUGGCCGAGAAGAAGGAAGACCUGCUAGUCUCGGAGAAGGAGAGCGACUUCACCGCGCCCGAGAAGAAGGACAAGUUCCGCGCCGCGGCGCUGGAGCAGAAGCGGCUCCUCACGCUGAUCGCAGACAGCGACCACGCCGCGCCCGAGCUGCACAAGCUGAAGCUGCACAUUGCGGAUCUGCGCUGCCAGGUGCAGGACGGGUCUGAGAAGACUGCGGUGCUUCGCGAGCGCAUGAAGACGGAGAAGGCAGAGUACGAGGAGAUCGAGAAGAGCCGGGUCAAGCGGCUCGCGUACGUGCUGGGAGGGCAGAAGAAGAAGCACGAAGCCAAGAUCGAGAAGGAGCAGAGAGAGUACUUGGAGGUCCUGGGGGCAUACGAGACGGCUAGCGCAGAGUUCGAUGAGCUGGAGCGGACGUUUGAGGCGGCGAAGAAGCAGCGGACGGAGCUGGAGUCGCUCGUCACGAGGCAUACUGAGUUGCUGAACCAGGUUGAGGAGCUUGCCAAUGAUGUGUUCGACGGCCCGAGUCCUGAGUUCCCCAAGGACGACGAGGCAGAGGAGGAAGUGAAGAAGGCACAAACGGCGUACGACGAGUUGCAAGCAACAUAUUUCUUUGAGAAAAAGACCGUAGAUGCCUUAACAAGAGCUCGAGGUCUCGCGAUCUCUGCCCUAGGGCACGUCCGAUACGCAAUCAAGGAGGCUAAGGUCGACAUCAUGGUUCCGGCCAGCCUGCAAAACAGCCACACCCAGCCGUAUCAAGUAGACUACGAGACGAGAGCAGAAUUGAGAAUCGACCAUGCUCUACGGCAAGCACAGCAGGAGGUGGCGGAGGCAACUGUCCUCGCAAACACGACCCUCGCGGACGUGGGCAUGACCGGAGUCGAGGCCGUGAAGAUCCCCGAGAGACACAUCGUAUGGAACAUGCUACUGGACUGUAUGUUCACCGAUAUCAUCUUCCGUGAGAAACUCAAGGAUGUGGGGGUCGAGGUCGAGGAGUUCCGCAACAGCCUCUCUGCCGCGCUGGAUAUGUUCUUGCCGAGACACGAGGCGCUCCAGGAGCAGACUAGGCAGCGUCAUGAGGAGCUCAUAGCCAAGAGACAGUGGCUUGUGGACAUGCGAAUGAAGAUGUUGGAGCAGGUUCUGGAGGAAGAGAAGUCUUAG